UCCGUUUUUCCUUCGUAUAGUUUCGAGGAUCUGAUGUAUCGCGUUCAGUAGCAUAUCGCGCGGAAACGAGGAAACGAAGUGGGAGCAAACAGAGUAAUCGUAAAUUAAUUCGAAAUUGUAUUACAUCUAAUAAUCGAUUAAAAUUCUUAUCGUAUCGUGAAUCGUAUUUUUAAAUUUCUCCUCGAAUAUAUAUUUAAUCGAAGAUUUAAUUUAAGCGACGAUUAAUAUAUAUAUAUAUUUGUGAAUUUCUUGUAAAAAUUUUCUAUUUCUUGUGUAUCGCGUUCAAUUACAAAUUGUAAGAAAGAAAAAAAAUUGUAAAUUACUCUUACGAAGGUUCUUUUUUUUUCUUUUUUUUUCGUUACGUUUUAUUUCGAGGCAGAGAAAAUACGUAUCAGUCGUUGACUCGAGGGAAUAAAAAACUAUGACUGGAAAGCAUAAUCUCAAGGAAACAGGGAAUCCCAUACGAUUUCCUAUACGAUACGUAAUGGCGAUUAUGGGCUCUAUUGGGCUCGCCAUUAUCUACGGUUUCAAGGUAAACGUGAGCGUGGCCAUCGUAGCUAUGGUGAACCACACCGCUGUAAAGCUGUCCACGUUGCGUCAACUGGAAUCGGGCAACGCGACUAAUGUAAUUACCGACAUAGCCGAUCAAUGCCACCACCAUGAUAUUUCUUCCAACACGACGAAAAUCACCACCGAGGAUGGUCCAUUCGUGUGGAACGAACCUUUACAAGGCCUUAUCCUGUCAUCCUACUUUUGGGGAUACAUGGUGUCUUUACUUCCGGGGGGACGAAUGGCCGAGCUGUUAUCCGCCAAAUGGGUGAUGAAUGGAUCGGUACUUCUAAAUGUAGUGGCAUCUAUAUUAUCACCUGUUGCUGCACAAACGCAUUAUUCCCUCUUUAUCGUGAUGAGGUUUCUUCAAGGAAUCGGUGGGGGUGUAACGUUUCCGGCAAUGCACGUUAUGAUCGCUAAAUGGGCGCCACCAAACGAGAGAAGCGUUCUUGCUUCGAUCGUUUACGCGGGAACUGCACUUGGCACUGUGAUUUCUAUACUCUUAACGGGAAUAUUGGCUGCGAAUUUCGAAUGGGUGUGGAUAUUUUACAUUGAAGGUGUACUUUGUCUAAUUUGGUGCACCGUUUGGUGGAUUAUGAUCGCGGAUAGCCCAGAGGAACAAACGAAGCUUAUCAGUGAAGAGGAAAAAAAUUACAUUAUGCAAUCUUUAGGUCAAAAUAGGAAUAGCAAUGAACAUAAAAGACUAUCAGUUCCAUGGAGUGCAGUGUUACGAUCUAAACCGUUUAUGGCAAUUUUAAUUGCUCAUUUCUGUAGUAAUUUUGGAUGGUACAUGUUACUUAUAGAGCUUCCUACUUUUAUGAAUCAAAUACUGAAAUUCGAUAUGAGUUCUAAUGCUGGUCUUUCUUCCAUGCCAUUUUUAUGUAUGUGGAUUUUCACUAUGGUUCUUAGUAAGGUGUUGGCCAUAAUGCAGGAUAAAAAAUUAAUUUCAGUAACAGUAUCAAGAAAAAUUGGGACAUUAUUCUCAUCUGUUGUUCCCAUGCUUUGUUUAAUAGGAGUAUCUUAUGUUGGAUGCAAUCGUACAUUAGCUGUUACUUUAAUGACCAUUGGAGUAACUUGUAUUGGUGGAAUGUACAGCGGAUUUCUAUCGAAUCAUAUUGACAUUGCUCCAAAUUUCGCCGGUACUCUCGUUGCGAUUACAAAUUGUAUUGCCACUAUACCUGGAUUUGUAGUGCCUAUAUUUGUUGGAAAAUUAACGCACGGAAAUCAAACUAUAGGAGCAUGGAGAAUUAUAUUUUUUAUAACUGUUGUUUUGUACAUAAUUGAAAUAAUAGUUUACACUAUUUUUGGAAAUGGAGAAGAACAAUCUUGGAAUAAAACUAAAGUUGAUGAAGAAAUCAGUAAUCAAACAUUACCAUUAAAAGAAGAUUUUAAGAAAUGAAUGUGACUUUCAAAAACAUACAAUUUGAAUAGCUUUUUAAUUCAAUUUUGACUUUAUAUUGUACAAAAAAUUAUCAUUAAUAAUCCUUAUUCUUACAAGGAAUUCGUUCAUAGAUUUAACAUCGUUGUACAUUUUUGUUUUUAUAUGAAAAUUUUUUCAUACUUUAUAUUUACCAUAACGAAUGAUAAAACAUAUUUUUUUAUUACUAUUAUACACAUACAAUAUUAAAUAUUAUUUAUUAAAGAUAAUAUUUUAUAUAUUUAAAUAUAUAUAUAAUAAUAAUAUUUACACUAAAAGUACAAAUUUAAAUAUUUUUUUAUUUAAUAUAGAAAAAAUACUCAUUUAUCUUUACUGUACUUUUACUAUUUUACAAAAAUACAUCGGACCCCAAUUAUUAUGACAAGUGGGUAUAACAAUAUGACCAUAUUUUAAACCAAUUCUGCCAAAGUCAUAUAUGCAUCGUAAGGGCAACAAUGCUUCUGUCAUAUCUCUACAAGAAUCAUAUAAUAUAUAAAAAAUUAAUAUAAAUAAUAUAAAUAAUAUAUAUAUGUAAUAAUAUCAAUGUAAUAAUAUAUUUAGAGAAAUAUACAAAAUACAUACUUCACAA